AUGGCCGACUCUGGUCGCGCUGGUGCUGUUACUGGCAUCAGACAAAAGUACAAUUCUGGUCGUCAGACAGUCGGCACACGGCCUGGUGCGGCUCCUACAACAUCCAAGGGUAAUCAACCGAAAGCUGGUGCCUCUAUCUCAACAAAUUACAAGGAAUUCGCCGGCAAGGAUGAGUAUGGUUAUAUCAAGAACAGGUCAAGUGAAGCUGGUCAGCCUGCAGUCGACAUCCCAGAGCGCCCUAAGACAGGUCAUGGGCGUCAUCGGGGGCAUCCUCAACCAGCAGGUCAAGGAGUUGGACAUGUGACCCAAUCAUUGGGGACUAAGCCAGUGCCACAACAACGGUCUCAGGCUACUGGGGCCGUUGGUGUUGGCACCAAGCAAAAUGUCCCAGCCAGGGCAUCACAAUAUGUUGGGCAGAGAGCUGCCCCUCAGCCAUCACCUCGGACGAACCUACAAUCAAAAGCAAACAUUCUUACACUAACAAACAAUCGCUCUACUUCCAAUUCAAAUGCUGCUGUAAAUGUUUCACAAAAGACUUUGUCAGCUUCUCAAUCUGCUGCCCCAGCGUCACAAGCAGUGCCUUCAAGACGUAUGUCACAAGACAGCGUGGUUAGUACAGCUUCUAUGUCAUCUGGACCCCAGGUCCCCAGCAACGUCCAGGAGCAAUCCUGGGAUAUGAUGGAGGCCCGCAUGAGCACUAAUCAAGUUGUGGAGGCUGAUACAGAAAUGGAUGGAAGACCAAGGACAAGUCGUGGGAGACGUCGCCGACCUGAAGCACCAGCUGUAGCUGAAGCCCAGGUCGAGCCACCUGCUCCGCCAGCGUUUACUGCUGAUAUUCCGGAGCGCCCAAAAACUAGCCAUGGACGAAGAGGGAGACAAGAGGCACAGAGCAUGGAGUUUCAAGAGUCAGUUGGUCCUCAUGAUCACAGUUCAUUAGCUCAAGAUGUCAGUCAGCCGAUCGGCCCGUCGCCUCCUCCCUACCCACCUCCAGCCAAACGACAGAAUUCAGCUAACAGGCACCCCAGCUUGGCCUCGAGGAAGUCUUCCAUAGAUGCAACCCCAGCUGAUAUUGUCCAACAAUUACCUGAUGUCCGACCUACCUCUGCUGCGCUCCAGAGAUACAAGCGCCUCCCUAGUAUCGGGGACAAGACGGCCAGUGAUAACCUAACUGGUGUAACACAACCUUUGAGAAAGAUGUCCCUUGAACAAACGCCAGGCCAGGUGCCGCAAGUCACCGCAGUGAAAAAGGAACUGCACCGUCAUUAUACCCCGCCGCAAGUUCUUACAAUUGCCGAUAUGGAUCAGAGCAAUGAACUUAUUCCAGUUUCCAUCCAAGCUGUUGUUGAACCCGCUACAUCACCGUUGCCCGGGGAACCCAUGGAAGGAGAACGCAGGGUGCUCUUGGCGAUACGCUUGCCAAGCGGUGAACGCCUACAGCGCUAUUUUCAUAUUUCGGACACACUAGGUGUAGUGCUGAAGUUUGCUGAACAAAUCGCAGAGAAAAAGUUCACUGGUUAUUCGUUUGUGUGCUCAGUUCCGAGGAAGGUGUUCAAUGAUAUGGAGCAAGAAAUUAAGGACACUGGUCUGCAAGAUAGGACAGUUUUAUUACUGCAGGCACCAGAUUAGGUUCAAUUUGUGAUUUGUUUCUUCUGCUGUGUAAUAUAUUUUGUUGUUUGCGGAUUGCUGUGAUGCUAAGGAGAAAGAAGAGAAUCUUCUUUUGGGUGGUACCCCCAACCACAAGGACAGGCCAGUAGGCUUAAAGGAGAAAUAACACGAGUAGCGAAAUCUCUUUACCAUGUAAAACAGUAGUGGCAAAACAUGAUGCACCAAAUUGCAGCUCUGACCUUUUGACCCUUGGAGCUGAAUCUCGGAGACAUAUGAAAUAUUUCAAGUGUUAAUUUUAUCCAGGCUGUAGAUCUUUUAAGGGGCCAAAUCAUAUGCAUUAUAGCACUUCAGUACUUUCAAUUUAGUACAAUUUCAAUUAUUCUAUAUUUCGAAGCAAAGCUAAAUUAUUUUUAAAGAAUUAUUUUACUGACUGUAUUUUAGUGUAAAUAUGUAUGAGAUUAGUGUUGUAGACUACAUGUAUGUCUAAUGUUGUUAAGUUUACGUUACCAAUUUACCUGCAGACAAGUGAUAUUUUGUUGCACAAAGCGGCGAAUCUAAUCAUAGAUUGCAGUUAUUUAAAUGGCGUUUUAAUGCAAGUGCCAGCUCUGGCUUGUAUGAAAUUGCGUAAACGUUGUUCUGUGAAUGUUUUUCAAAUUGUUUAAAAGGUGUUGAAGAAAAUAUCUAACCGGAGUGGGAACUUUGAUGCUAGGCAUUUUCGUUAUAAUAGAGAGUGCCUUGAAUUGAUGUUCAGAUUUUUAUACAGUUCCACAUCUGUAGCUAUAAGGUAAAUAGCUAGUGUACAACUGAUCAUAUAAACUAAAAGGGGAUUAGCCAGAAUUACUACUGGGUCUUACAUAUGUAGCAAAAACUUAUACUUCAAGAAAUAAUUGGAAUUGGCAUAAAACAUCAAGUUAUACAUCUAAAGUCUCAUGUUUCUGCCUAAAAAAUGGCCACUUUUUGGUGCAAAAGACCAAUGGUCUGCACAAACAUGAUGAAAUUAAGAUGAAAUCAGCACGAAUUUAUGAAAGAUUGAAAGCAAGGUGUCUCCCAAAUGAUGCUAUUGAGAGACCUGUAUAGAUAUUUUGGAUGUAGAAGUCCACUGGUGUAUCAAAGACGGUUCAACAGUAACCAUUAUACCUCCUAACCUCCUUUUUUGCUUCGAUAAAACAUUGUAAUAAUCCACCUACCCCAGUCCAUAACUGUUUUUGUAUGUAAAGGGGAUGUUGAAAUUGUUGAAACCCUAUUCUUUUGUACUCCAGAAUCUACAUCAGUGUAAAGACUGCUUAAUUUGACCACAUUCCACCAUCCUUGUAAACAAUGUACAUUCCAUUGAAAGUAAAAUAAAUUAUUUACUGUU